AUGGGUGUUGUUAAGCAGCAAAUUCAGCCUGGCGAUGGCCAGAACUUCCCUAAGACUGGUGAUACCAUCUCCAUGCACUACACUGGCCACUUGGAGACUGCUAACGGAGAGGUCUUCGACAGCUCUGUCUCUCGUGGUACUCCCUUCGAGACCCCCAUUGGUGUCGGAAGAGUUAUCCAGGGUUGGGAAGAGGGUGUUCCCCAGAUGAGCCUUGGCGAGAAGGCCCUUCUCACUAUCACUCCUGACUACGGCUACGGUGCUGGCGGUUACCCCCCUGUCAUUCCCCCCAACUCUACCCUCGUCUUUGAGGUCCAGCUCCUGGCUAUCAACAACCGUCGCGCUCAGUAA